AUUGUAAAUGAUCUAAGACGUUUUUUUUUACGUUCGGAAACGGAAUCACUUCGAUCGGAGAGUGUGCUUCGCAACCAGACUGGAGGUCGGAAGUACUUGAAGGUAGCCCAGCAGCAGCAGAGUUCCAGGGCACUCACUCUGGGUCAGGGGAUGGGAGCACCUCAAAUGAGCAGCAGCCGAAGUAGUCUGCAGAAUCUCCACACUGUAUCCAGAGCAUCCAGUAAUAAGUCAUUAGACAAUUUAAGCCUCACAGGAGCCGGACUGAUCAGAGGUUCGAUUCGCAGAAAACUCAUCGGCAAACGGGAUCCAUCAGCUGAGAGCGCUGCCAUGCGCUGGAAAGCAUCACCCAGGUUCUUUGCCAAACCCCCCAGAGAACGGCUGUUCAAGCGGUGGAGGGGACCUAAAGGAGAGAAUUUGGCGCGACUCUAUUUACGAGGCAGAUCCAUAAACCUACAAGGACCAAAUGAGUUCACAAAGGGGCGUCUAAAUGCUGUGGGAGAGGCACCCGAGGAAACCUUAACAGUAGAGUGGGUGUUUGGAUACAGAGGGAAGGACUGUCGGAACAAUCUGCAUGUUAUGAGCACAGGAGAGAUAUGUUAUUUCACAGGGGCUAUAGUUGUGUUGCAUAACACGUGUGAAUUGACGCAAAGACACUAUUUGGAACACACCGCUGAAAUUAAGAGCUUGGCCCUUCACCCUGACAAAGUGACAGUUGCGAGUGGUCAGGGGAUCGGAAUUGCAGACACUCCCACUGGCAGCUUCCUGCCCCAUGUGCGUGUAUGGAACAGUAUCAGACUGGAGACACUGAGUGUGAUAGGAGAAGAUUUGUUCAACAAAAGCAUCAACAACAUCACAUUCUCCAAAUUGGACGGAGGAAUCCAUUUGUGUGCAAUAGACGAGUCCAUAGACCACAUCAUGACCAUCUGGGACUGGAAGCAAGACCCAAUCAUUCCACUGGCACAGGAAUCGACGUUUCUGGAGACAGUGGUCUCUCUGGAGUACCAUCCCAGCAGAGGCAUGGUAGUAGUGGCCAGUAAAGAGACACUCUCUUUCUGGACAGUCAGACCCCACUCCUCAAAUGGGGAAGAGGGAGAGGUGGGGGAGAGAUACGAGGGGGGAGAUUUAAUUUCAGGAGGGGAGACACCAGAAACUCCUUCAUUUCGCAAGCUGAAGUUAUCCAAACAGCUGGCCACUUUCGAUCUGGUUGAGAAGCCCAAACAAGUGACGAGUGUGGCCUUUUUACCCGAUGAGUCACUAGUCAGUGGGGACUCCAACGGAAACCUGGUGCAAUGGGAUCUAUAUAGCGGCCGUGUGGUCCGUGCGUGCAAGAAGGUAUUGGAGGGAGCCAUCAGUGCAAUAGUGUGUGACCCCAAUGAUAAUGACACUCUCUUCCUAGGGGGCAUACAGUCGCCCAUAUUAGUUCAGAUGGACAUGAAUGAAUUCAAUCAGAUCAGUGUCAAUAAUGGAAUAGUGGACGUGGUUGGUGGCAUCCGGACCAUUGCCUUCGACUGCAGUGGAAGAGUGUUCAUAGGCACCACCAGGAACUGCAUCCUCACCAGCGAGAGAGACAGAAUCCAAUUCACAUUCGCAUCCAUGGGCCACUCGAAGGAGUUGUGGGGUCUGUGUUGUGAGCAGGAGAGUGAGAAGUUCCUGACUUGUGGCAGUGACAAACUCAUCGUCUGCUGGAACAGAAGACAGGCCGAAUGGUACAAAGAGGUUGACUACGGGUGCGUGUGUGCCUCCUUCCAUCCUCACUAUCCUCUGGUGGCAGUGGGCACAGAAGUGGGCAGAUGGUUCGCCCUCAACACCGUCUCCAAAGAGAUAGUCACCAUGCACGCAGACAGCAAACUACAGUUCAACUCCAUAUCAUUCUCACCCAAUGGUAACCGCCUGGCGAUAGGGGGCGAGGACUCUGGCAUCUACAUCUACAAACUGGACGAACAGGACAACGGGGCCAUCCGCUUCUCGAAAGUAGGAAAAUGCAUAGGCCACACUUCGUUCGUGACUCACAUGGACUGGAGUGCAGACAGCCACAAGUUGAGGUCCAACUCCGGAAACCACGAACUACUCUACUGGAGUGUGAACUACUGCAAACAAUUCGUCGGCAGUGAGACGACAGCCAAUGCCGAAUGGGCAACAGCCACCUGCACUCUCGAGUACAGCACAAUAGGAAUCUGGCCGGAGGGUUCUGAGGGAGGGGAGAUCAAUGCGACAGAUGUCUCUUCUGACCACAGCCUCAUGGCCACUGCAGAUGACAAUCACCAAGUGCACAUAUUCAACUACCCCUGUUUCCUUCCAAAGGCUCCUUCGAAAGUGGGAUUAGGCCAUGGGUCUCACGUCUCCAAAGUCAGAUUCCUAUCAGAAGGAAACAACUCUCUCGUAUCCAUAGGAGGAAUCGAUAACACCAUCAUUCUAUGGACAACAACAGCAUCCGAGUAAACAGCCACUAACUAGCAUUGAUAGAAACAACAAAAACAACCAUAUCAAAGAAAAACAUCUUCACACGCUCGUUAAUUGGAUGUCAACGCUCGCAAAGAGAAUACAUAUGUAAACUAUAACUUUUGAUUGCCACAAUUUAAUUUCACUUCUUGACAUGGGGGUAUUUACAUUAUAAUUUUGAAAUCUUCCAUAGGUUCCGGUUUCCUGUCUUUUUCAAUUAGAUAUUACAAACAUGAAUUUGAUUUCUAGCUAUGCAAUAUUAACUAUAAACUAUGAAUAAAAU